UCAUCCCAACAAAGCCUUUCCCUUAUCUUCUUCUCCACUCUCCACACUCCACUGCACUCAGAGAACCCAUCAGCCCAUCAAUGAAUUCCCACUGUUCCUCAGAUGAGCCACUGCAAGAAAGGCAAAAACCAGUGCACUCAAAUUGCCUCAUCUCUCUACCAUUCUAUUCGCCGCCAUUGUUUCACCCUUCAUUCUUCAGACACCACUCUAAGCCAAACCUCCAGUUGCUAAGAAUGGCGGAGGAUUCAUCGCGCGCUGUUCGCCGGUUCCACAGCUCCGUCGUCUCCGCCGCCGACAACUGCCUCAAGUCCCUGCAUUCUCUACUUUCCCAGAAUCCAUUUUUCAAAAAGCUGCUUUCUUUAUCUUCUCAUCUCCAAGAUAUCCGCCAGUUCCAGAUUGAACGCAGAGCUCGCCAGAAUUUCAAUACUCUAUCCAGUCACAAUUUUGCAGCCAUUAUACCGGGUGAUUCAGUGGCGGGAAUUGUGGUCACUAAUGGAAUUUUGAAUUUCUUGAACAUCUAUAACUCAUUACUCGUUGUCAGGCUUGUUUUAACCUGGUUUCCUAAUGCUCCCCCCGCCAUUGUCAGUCCCCUCAGCACCUUGUGUGAUCCGUAUUUGAAUAUAUUCCGUGGCAUUAUCCCACCACUUGGAGGGACUCUGGAUCUUUCACCCAUACUGGCGUUUCUCGUGUUAAAUGCCUUUACGAGCACAGCUGCUGCACUUCCCGCUGAGCUCCCACCACCUACAGGCGUGUCUCGGGAUGAUCCGCCUCAUACAGUGGAGCCUCAUCUUACCACGUCACAGAGGAAAUGGAUGAGACGACGUAGUGCUGGAAACAGGCCGAAGACUGCUGGUGGUGACAAAUAAGUUACCAUCUCCUGUUUCUUUGUAUGUAAUUCAUACCGUCUUAGGAUUGAAUGUGUCAUACGAUGAUGUCCUCGUUCAGUAAUGCGUGGUAAACAUCUCGAAACUGUUCUCAGUUUUGAUACUAAACAAGGCGUAAAUUCACAAUUGUAUGCUUGAAUUAGAUUUAUUUGUUAUUUCAAUAAAAAAAAGGUCACUUUCUGAGCC